AUGGCCUGGCUUCACCGCAUCCUCUUUCCCUCCCAUGGAAUCGCACCACAAGCAUCCCUCGUCCCUCGUCCCUUGCAUCUCACUGCCCCUCCCUUUGCCAGCCCCUAUUGCUACGCUGCCCUCCAUUUCUCCCCUCCCCUCCAUUGCUGCGCCUCACCUGGUGCUGCCUCUCCCCGUGCACCUACCUCAUUGUUGCGCGGCACAGGGCCGGCGCUGCGAGACAUGAAGGCGCAGUGGGGCAGUAUAAUACCUGACACCACCAACACCUGGGUGGAGAACGGCGACUGCAACAAUCACGGUUCUUUCGAUCAUCUCUCGUGCGACGGUAGCGGCUUCGUGACAAGAUUAGAUUUAUCAAGCAACUAUCUAACUGGCGCCCUUCCUGAAACCAUUGGCGGCUUCAACAAACUUCUUUACUUCUACAUAGACUCCAACUCUCUAUCGGGCCCACUCCCAUCGAACUUCUCCAAACUCGUUUCACUAAGGGAAUUCGACGCCCACUCCAACAAGAUCAGUGGCCCCCUGCCUGAUGGUAUCGGCGCUCUCACUGCCCUGCAACAACUGUAUCUCUAUAACAACCAAUUGGAAGGGCCGAUCCCAGCAUCCUUCACCCAACUCACUGCGCUAACCCUGAUCGAGCUUCAGUACAACCAGAUUACAGGUCCUCUUCCUGGCAAUCUUGGGAGUGUCUCCCAACUCAUUGCUUUGCGUGCGUACAACAACCAUAUAUCGGGUCCCGUGCCCCCCACACUAACAGCCACAACUAAUCUCCGUUUCAUUGAGCUGGGGAGCAACGAUCUGAGUGGAACCAUCCCUACCAACGUGGCCACCAUCACCACACUACAAACGCUCGAUCUGUCGCACAACGAAAUCAGUGGCCCCUUCCAGAUCACUGGAAUGCACCGUCUCUUUACUU